AUGAAUUUAAAAACUGCUAUUCAUAGAAUGAAUUUAAAUAAUAAUGAAUUAGUUAAAAGUUUAUUUGCUCUUAAAUCAAGACAAUUAGCUGGUAUUCGUAGUGAUCUGAAACAAAAUCCAAUAGAAGAAUUUCAACAAAGAAAAGUUGAUCAAAAUAAAAGCAAAAAACAACAUUUACAUAUUCCUGGUUAUUUUCCUAUAACGCCAACUAUUUUACAAGUACGACAACCAGAACAAAAUACAUAUCUUCAUUAUGGAUUAUAA